AUGGUGAGUGGUCAACUUUGCCAUGAGCUAGAAAUCAAGGCACCAGCCAGCCAAGUUUGGGAGCUCUAUGGGACUCUUCGUGUAGCAAAGCUCAUCGAGGAACAACUCAAAUCUGUUAUCGAAAAAAUUGAUGUAGUUGAAGGCGAUGGCGGUAUUGGAACAACUCUCCACAUAGAUUUUGUCCCUGGCGCGGCCAGGUUCAAGAGUUACAAGGAGAAGUUUACCAAGAUAGACAACGAGCAGCGAGUGAAGGAAGUCGAAGUGGUUGAAGGAGGAUACCUUGAGUUGGGCUUCACACUUUAUCGAAUUUGCCUCGAGAUCAUCGAGAAAUAUGAAGAUUGUUCCAUCAUUAAGUCCACCAUUAAAUAUGAAAUCAAGGAUGACUAUGCUGAAAAUGUUUCCAUUGUGUCUCUUGAUGCCCUAGCAGCCAUUGCCCUUAUUGUGCAAAAUCAUCUUACUAAGACUUAA